CAACACUUGACAACACAGUCCAAAAAUGGUGUCAGCAGCGAGAAGCGCAGGCGCUGUUGGUGCCAUCUUGAUCGUGUCGUUGGUGGUGGCCUAUUUCAUCUCGAAGAAGAAAUCUCAAACGAAGAAGAAGAAGAAGAAGGGAAUCGUUGAAGCCAUUGGUAACUCCCCUUUGAUUCGAAUCAACAGCCUCUCCGAUGCCACUGGUUGCCAAAUUCUUGGCAAGUGCGAGUUUUUGAACCCUGGAGGUAGUGUCAAAGAUCGUGUUGCACUUCAUAUUAUUCAAGAGGCUUUAGAAUCUGGCCAGCUACGUCCAGGUGGAAUAGUUACUGAAGGGAGUGCUGGAAGUACUGCCAUUAGCAUUGCAACUGUUGCUCCUGCCUAUGGAUGCAAAAGCCACGUCGUUAUACCGGAUGAUGCUGCCAUUGAGAAGUCUCAAAUACUUGAAGCUCUUGGAGCAACUGUUGAAAGAGUACGGCCGGUGUCAAUUACUCACAAAAACCAUUUUGUCAAUAUUGCAAGAAGACGAGCAUCUGAAGCAAAUGAGUUUGCAUUGAAGCAUAGAAAUUCACAAUUGAAUGGCAAGGACUCAAAGCAAGUAAAUGGUUAUAAAUCUGAUGGAGACAAUCACAGUUCACUAUUUCCUACUGAUUGUCAAGGUGGCUGUUUUGCUGAUCAGUUUGAGAACUUGGCAAACUUCAGGGCCCAUUACGAGGGUACAGGGCCUGAGAUUUGGGAACAGACAAAUGGAAAGCUAGAUGCAUUCAUUGCAGCAGCAGGCACUGGUGGCACUGUGGCUGGUGUUUCUAGGUUCCUUCAGGAUAAGAAUCCAAAAAUCAAGUGCUACCUCAUCGAUCCUCCUGGUUCCGGCUUGUUUAACAAGGUAACAAGGGGAGUGAUGUACACUAAAGAGGAGGCCGAAGGACGAAGACUCAAGAAUCCAUUCGACACCAUAACAGAAGGGAUUGGAAUUAACAGGGUAACAAGGAAUUUUGCAAUGGCAAAACUUGAUGGGGCCUUUAGAGGCACAGAUAUGGAAGCCGUUGAAAUGGCUAGAUUUCUCUUGAAGAAUGAUGGGCUAUUCCUGGGGAGUUCUUCUGCAAUGAACUGUGUUGGAGCUGUUAGAGUAGCACAGACACUUGGCCCUGGUCACACAAUUGUAACCAUUCUCUGCGACAGUGGAAUGAGACACCUGAGCAAGUUUUAUAAUGCUGAGUACUUGUCCCAGCUUGGGUUGACACCAAAAGCAACUGGAUUGGAGUUCUUGGCUAUCAAAUGAGUUAUGUUCCUUCAGAGUUUUGAGAUGCCUACAAGACCUUUUUUUAACCAAGGGUCUCCAAUAGCAGAUAGCCAGAGACUAACCUACUUUGUGGCGUAGAGAUCACUGAAGUGGAUCGGAAUCCUCUGUCCUUGUUUCGACUCAACCGAAGUGGAUUUUACCUUUGCUAACAAAUCAUUUUCCAUAUACACGAUCAAGGUUCCAACAAGUCCAUUAUAUUUGUUUGAUACAUUAUAGACUAUCAUUCGUUAGUAUACCACCAUUUAUUCAAGUGGGGAAUGAUAAUUCAUCAACAAAAUAUGUUCAACUCAAACUAUUUGGGUACGGAGGGGGAUUAGACUAGCGGUGUUUGUCCUGAAAUUAAUGAAAUGACAGAGUAAUCAACGUCAUAACUA